UGACUACACGUUCUUAGCUUGCAAUUCCUUCUCCAGAAACCUCCUUUCCUUUCUUCCCUUUUCUAUACAAUGCAUUUUCAAUAGAACCCAUUUAUUAUACACGGACAAUAUUAUAUAAACAUACAGAUAAAAGUCUUCGAUUAUUUCAAGAACCAUUAGAAGAAAUGGUUCGUUCAAGAUUUGAUUCAAGAUUCAGUUUAAUCAAGAACGUUGGAUUUUUAUUGAUUCUUCUAUGUUUGCCGUUGAUUUGUCUUGGGAUUCGUUCAUUUCCGAAUUCCGAGGUGUCUGAAUCGGAAUUUAAUAGCUUUUUUGGGUUCUCUGAGGCACCGGACUACCGGAACGGCGUCGACUGUUCGUCGACGGCGGAGGGACAGGCUGUGUCGUCAUGUGAUCCGUCGCUGAUUCACGUGGCGAUGACUCUUGACUCGGAGUAUCUACGCGGGUCGGUGGCGGCGGUGCACUCCGUUCUCCGCCAUGCGUCGUGCCCGGAGCAGGUAUUCUUCCAUUUCAUCGCCACCGAGUUCGACCCAACCAGCCCGCGCGUCCUGACCCAACUCAUUCGAUCCAUUUUCCCUUCACUCAACUUCAAAGUCUACAUAUUUCGUGAAGACACAGUCAUCAACCUAAUCUCCUCCUCCAUCCGGAUUGCCCUGGAGAAUCCGUUAAACUAUGCCCGGAACUAUCUGGGAGACAUUCUUGACCCUUGUGUCAACCGGGUCAUCUACUUGGAUUCGGACCUUGUUCUAGUCGACGACAUUCAAAAGCUCUGGAACACCCCCUUCUCAGGAUCCAAAGUAAUCGGAGCCCCGGAAUACUGCCACGCCAAUUUCACGAAAUACUUCACGGAUACAUUCUGGUCGGAUCCGUUACUCAGCCGGGUAUUCGGGUCAAGAAAUCCGUGUUAUUUCAACACGGGUGUAAUGGUAAUGGAUUUAGAAAAAUGGCGAAAAGGGAAUUACAGGAAGAAAAUUGAGAACUGGAUGGAACUGCAGAAAAAGAAACGUAUAUAUGAACUGGGAUCAUUGCCUCCAUUUUUGCUUGUAUUCGGUGGAAAUGUGGAGCCCAUUGAUCACAGAUGGAACCAGCAUGGAUUGGGAGGGGACAAUGUGAAGGGAUCCUGUAGAGCCCUGCACCCUGGACCGGUGAGCCUGCUCCACUGGAGUGGUAAAGGGAAGCCAUGGGUUAGGCUUGAUGAGAAUAAACCCUGUACAUUGGAUUAUCUUUGGAAGCCGUAUGAUUUGUACAAGCCUUAUCAGCAGGGGAAAUUGAAGGUACAAACACAGAAGCAGCAGUUAUUGGGUUUGAGUUUGUCUAGUGGUGGAAGAAGUACAAAACUGAUUGAAUUGCCUGGUUAUUUCAUUUGAUUCUUUUUAUUGAUAUUGGAUUUUUUGAUUAGCUUUGUACAGAUUGAUUAAUUUGGUGUUGUCGGUUCAUUUCAUUUGAUGCAUGAGCGAGUUGGAAUUCCAUUGAUUUGGAACAAUUUUGGGAUACAUUGGUGGUGUAUUGAAUUUACAAAGGGAAUUUGGUGGAAAUAAUGAAUAACAUUUAGUUGUUCUUUUCAACAUUAUUUGUAUCAAUUAGAAAGUAUUUCAUAAAUCUGUUAUACCAAUUUCUCAAUUUCGAUA